AUGAAGUCCUUCUUUGCUGCGGCCGUUGCCGCCUCGCUGGCCGUCAGCCAGGCCUCGGCCCACUACAUUGCCAUCCAGCUGUCCGUCGGCUCGAACAAGUUUGGCAAGUACGAGCACAUCCGCCAAAACACAAACUACAACUCGCCGGUCACGUCGCUCACGUCCAACGAUCUGCGCUGCAACGUCGGCGGCGAGACGGGCACCAACACGACGACGGUCGACAUCCAGGCCGGCGCCCCGUUUACGUUUACGUACGACACCGCCGUCUACCACCAGGGCCCCAUUUCCGUCUACAUGUCCAAGGCGCCCACCACGGCCCACGACUACGACGGCAGCGGGGCCUGGUUCAAGACCCAGGACUGGGGCCCGACGUUUUCGGGCGGCCAGGCCUCGUGGCCCAUGAAGCUCGCGUACACGUCCAACAUCCCCAAGUGCAUCCCCAACGGCGAGUACCUGCUGCGUAUUCAGUCGCUCGGCAUCCACAACCCGGGCGGCACGCCCCAGUUCUAUGUCAGCUGCGCCCAGGUCAACGUCGUCGGCGGCGGCAGCACGACGCCCACAAACACAGCCCGAAUUCCGGGCUUCAUCAAGGCCACCGACCCGGGCUACACUGCAAACAUUUACAACAACUUCAAGUCGUACACCAUCCCCGGCCCCGAAGUGACACAGUUUGCUUGUUAA